AUGGAUGGGUGUAUGACUUGGUCAAGCAAUUUAGAGAGUGUCCUGGAAGAUGCUUUUGGCUUAGAAGCCUUCAAGGAAUGGUUUAGGGACGAUGGCACGAGACUUAUUGAUUCUAUCGACUUAUACUUUGCUAUCAAAGCCUUCAAGAGUUUGAUAGAACGUAAUGAUCCAAAAUGCGCUGAAAUAGCAUGCAAAAUACAUCGCAAAUACAUAAGCAUACGCAGUGGUACCUGUACUUUCUUUCCCGAUACUACCAGAAGAGAGAUGUCGGAGCGGAUUCAUGCCUUAUCCGCAAAUAAACUUCCGCACAGCAACCUGUUCGAACCUUGUCAGGAGGAACUGCUGGCUUAUUUGCGCAAGCAACACGCUCUCUUUGUUAAUUCUGACAAUUAUUAUAAUCUGCUGAAUCAAAAUGCGGAACUUACUGAGUCGGCAGCAUUUUCCGCUCGGGAUGAAAACGAUGCUACAGUUUAUUCGACCGGAUGUCAUGCAUGUGCUUCAACGAGUGAUGAUGUCUCGAUACGAUUUGGUGGUCGAAAUUCAGUCUGGAAAAAGUGGAAGUUACCGAGGCGAAAUGUCUCCAUACAAAACGUAAGCAAGCGUAACUCACGUGACUCUGUAUCAUGCAGUGCUGUUUCAAGUGAAGAUAGUGGAAAUAAACGAAAUAGUUCUAGACGUCAUUGGGAACGACUGCCGCUACAAAGGUUCCAUGGACAUCAUCAACAACAGCAAGCAUUACUUACCUGUCCAGCGGACGGUAGCGAUUUCAAGCAUCAACGUCCGGAAGAAAGAGAACGGUUUUCGGAAAUUUUACGCUGCAAACUCGAUAAAAUCGCUCACCGUUUAGAACAAUAUAAACAUGAAACCGGAAUUGAAAUAUUUGCUAGAGAUCUGGACCAACUGACAAUAACGACGGAAGGUAAUGAUGAAGUCGAUUCAGUAAUAAGCAAUGAUUCGCUGGAUAAAUACGAACAAAGGAUGAAUGCUGAAUGUGAUGUGAAUCCGAAAGAGGAGAAACGUAGAUCAAUGUCCGCAUCACCGAUACGUCUCACAAAUACUCUUCACAAUAAUAUGUCGAAUCCAUACGGACAACAUGGUUUUGCUCCACCUCCUGGUGGUGUCGCAUUAAAGAACUAUCGUAACUGUGCUGCAAAUCGUGGAUUGCAUAGUUUGCGCAGUACAACACCGCUGUCCAGCAAUGAUUACGGCAGACAUCGGUAUUCGGAUAGUUCCGGUUUCUGUAGUUCCGAAUCGGCUAAUAUCAUCAAUCGAGCAGCCCUUUUUGAGAAAGCACGCCAUAUGGCAAUGUCCACGCAAACUUCUUCUUUCCCACAAUCAUGCAGCGAGGCGUCAACUAGCAGCUUUUACUAUUGCUCAUUUCCACUGCAACAAGAGGAAAAACAGCCAUUGUUUGUCAACGACUUAUGUCCGAAGAAGCAGCAGCUACCAAUUUCCUACAGGGAAGAAAAUGCGGAAGCACCAUUCGUGGCCAAAAUGGAAAUGCGUGAUAUUACAUUUCGUGAAUUCCGUCGGUGCUUCGGUAUUUCAUCGAGAACAACCAAAAGGUUUUUUUUCAAAAGUGAUUGUGAGGAUUGUUCGGCACCCUACCAAUGGACCAUAAUUGAUGAUGAUUGUGCCGUACUUCCGAUAUUUGAAGGCCGAAUAACCGCGGAAUGCCGAAGUUGUUCAGAGUCUGACUGA